AAUGACACGGGUAGCGGAAUUGGGGUUUCCGUUUGUUCAUACAAAAAUCAUUCUGAUUUCAGUGGAAACAAUUUUGAAAUUAUCAUCAUAGAUGAUGGAAGCCCGGAUGGGACACAGGAAAUUGCUGAACAAUUGGAAAAGAUCUAUGGAUCAGAUAAAAUACUUCUAAGACCCAGAGAAAGAAAGUUGGGCCUCGGCACUGCUUAUAUUCAUGGAAUGAAGCACGCCACUGGGAAUUUUAUUGUUAUUAUGGAUGCUGACCUCUCUCACCAUCCUAAAUUUAUUCCAGAGUUUAUCAGAAAGCAGAAAGAAGGGAAUUUUGAUAUUGUAUCGGGAACAAGAUAUAAAGGAAAUGGAGGAGUAUAUGGCUGGGAUUUGAAAAGAAAAUUAAUCAGUCGUGGUGCCAAUUUUCUAACUCAGGUUUUGCUGAGACCAGGUGCAUCAGACUUAACAGGGAGUUUCAGGUUAUACAGAAAAGAAGUCUUACAGAAACUAAUGGAAAAAUGUGUUUCUAAAGGAUACGUCUUCCAGAUGGAGAUGAUUGUUCGGGCUAGACAGUUAGGAUAUACUAUUGGAGAGGUUCCUAUUUCAUUUGUGGACCGUGUCUAUGGAGAAUCUAAACUGGGAGGCAAUGAAAUAGUUUCUUUCUUAAAGGGGCUCUUGACCUUGUUUGCUACAACAUGAUAGUUUAUCCUAAACUAACUUUUGUAGAAAAACAUUUUCUGACAUCUCUGUGGGUUUAAUGUAUAAUAGCAGAAGCUUGACAAUUUGUGUGGUGACCAGAAGACCUGCUGUAAACUAACAAUUAAAUGAAUCGCCAAUAAUAAACUAAAUAUAUUGUAUCCCCAAAUGCUCCUCUGAAAAUAAA